CUAACGCCUUCCGAUUCGCCUUCUGUUAUAUCAUCUGCUUUACCUGAUCUUUCCCAACAAUUUUGAUCAAGAACCAUUUAUCUUGUUGACGAAAUGUUAUCAUUAUUACUUAUAUUCUCACUCUUUCAAUACUCACAGGCAUUUCCUCGCCACUAUCUGGAACGAGGGUUCAACUCGGUUGCCUCUAACAUAUCAGCUGCUAGCCUCGAGAACCUAAAAGCUCGUGGACUUUUGGACUUGGGAGAUGUGAUUGGCUUGUUACCAACCAGCCUCGAUUUGGGACCCGUAGUCUCUAUUGGACGAAAGCGAAUUCCAGACGAUGACCAUCCUUUCAAAGCACCUGGUCCUAAUGAUAUCAGAGGUGGUUGCCCCGGUCUCAAUAUUAUGGCGAACUACGGUUAUAUCUCUCGAGAUGGUAUCACCAAUGUUGUUGAACUGAUUUAUGCACAGCAAGAAAUGCUAGGAUUGGCUCCCGACCUUGCCAUAGGUAUCACGAUGCUUGGAGUAAGAGCUGCCGUCGAUAUCACAACAUUGAAGAUGUCAAUUGGUAAAACAGACUCGCGAACCGAUGGACCAUUAAGCGGACUGUUUGGAACGGCUCCUGGACUCUUUUCGUCAUUGGCACACAACAAAUUUGAAAUUGACGGAUCUCUUUCGCGUCCUGAUCGUUAUUUCGAGCAUGGUGACUCAGAUCAUUUUGAUAGCAACUACUGGAAGAAGUUUAGAAAUCUGGCUUUUAAGCGCUACAAUGGACUGAUGACCAGAGAAUUCGUCGGAGAAGCAAGAUACAUGCAGUACACUACCUGUCGUGACACGAAUCCUGAGUGUGAAUGGGCUCUAGGAGAACAGCUCGUACACACAUCGGAGUCUUUCCUUGCCUAUGCCUUGGCCUCGGCCGAUGUACACGGUAAUCCAUCCCCACCUCAUGUGAAAGACAUUGAAAUCUUUUUUGGUAUCAUUGAGAACCCCGAUGGUAGUUUUUCGCGCGGUAAUGGGAAGCUACCACCUAGUCCGGAUGGUCACUGGUAUCGUCGUGCAACGCCCUUAACAUUGGCCGAGCAAUUCUUGAGCUUGAAAGACACUUUCCUUGCAUAUCCUAUGCCCUUUGGAAGAAACAACGGUUCUUUGGGACAUUGGAGUGAGAGCUUGACCGACCUUCGAAACGUAGAGGAAAACAAUAUGCUAUGCUACCUCCUUCAACAAACACGCGACCCUAAACACUCUAGAUACUCUAAAUUUCCAUUGGUGAACGAUGCCUUUGGAAAGCUGCUUAAAAAUACUCUGGCACCUUUAUUCGAACAGUUGUCUUGUUGAUGAUUUUUUGACAAUCUCACUGUCUAUCUGACUUUUCUUCUAACCUUUCUCAUAUUUUAUUCACGCUUGUCUCUACCAUCACAAUCUUUUCUUCUACUCAACGAUUCAGGGCUAGGGUUUAGUCUCAGUACCACAAUAUGACCACGAAACAAGUUGUGCUUUCUCAUCUUGCUAUUCAAGAGUUGACAUCAAUAUUAAUAUAAUUGGACCGGGAUGAUGUCGUCGUAGGAUGGCCAGCCAUGGCCAGAUCAAGGAGGUCGAGGUGUGGACUAAAACUUAUGCCAAUGGGGCAUAUGCAAAAGGCCUUCACUUUGUAUAAGUU